AUGGAGCGCCACAAGAAGACCGUCUCCAAGAUCGCCGCCGCGGUGCGGUCCUUCUUCGACCGCAAGGAACCCUACCGCAUCUUCCACGGCUCGACAAACAGCACCCGCCCCUUCCGCCGCGACCGCGUCGUCGACAUCUCGGCCCUCGGCAGCGUCCUCGAGGUCAACAAGGCCCGCCGCACCGCCCUCGUCGAGCCGAACGUCCCCAUGGACCGCCUCGUCGAGGGCACCCUCCGCCACGGCCUCAUACCCCCCGUCGUCAUGGAGUUCCCCGGCAUCACCGCCGGCGGCGGCUACGCCGGCACCGCGGGCGAGUCCUCGAGCUUCAAGCACGGCUUCUUCGACGACACCAUCAACGAGGUCGAAAUGGUCCUCGCCGACGGCCAGGUCGUCCGCGCCAACCGGACCAACGAGCGGGCCGACCUGUUCCGCGGCGCUGCGGGAGCCGUCGGCACCCUCGGCGUUACCACCAUGAUUGAGCUGCAGCUCGUCGAGGCCAAGAAGUACGUAAAGACGACGUACCACCGCACCCACAGCGUCGCCGAGGCCGUCGAGACCGUCCAGGCCGAGACGCUCAACGCCGAAAACGACUACGUCGACGGCAUCCUCUUCUCCAAGGACCACGGCGUCGUCAUCACCGGCAAGCUGACGGACGAGAUCCCCGAGGACCGCAAGCCGCAGACUUUCAGCGGCGCCUGGGACCCCUGGUUCUACCUGCACGUCAAAGACCGUACCCUCACCGCCGGCUCCGCCAAUAGCGAGGCGUCGACAGUGGCGACGACAUCCUCGUCCGCCGUGGUCGACUACGUGCCCCUGGCCGAGUACCUCUUCCGCUACGACCGCGCCGGCUUCUGGGUCGGCGCCGCCGCCUUCGAUUACUUCAAGUACGUCCCCUUCACGCGCUUCACCCGCUGGUUCCUCGACGACUUCCUGCACACGCGCAUGCUCUACCGCGCCCUCCACGGCAGCGGCGAGUCGGCCCGCUUCGUCGUCCAGGAUCUCGCCCUCCCCUACAAGAACGCCGAGCGCUUCGUCGACUACACGGCCGAGAACUUUGGCAUCUGGCCCCUCUGGCUCUGUCCCUUGAAGCAGACCGCCCCGCCCACGUUCCACCCGCACACGGGCGAGGUCGAGACCUUGCCCGCCGCUGAGGGAAGCAGCAGCAGCGGCAGCAGUACGGUAACGGCCCCCAAACCGAUGCUCAACAUCGGCCUCUGGGGCUGGGGCCCCUCUGACCCGGCCGAAUUCGUCACCAAGAACCGCGCCCUCGAGCACAAGCUCCGCGAGCUGGGCGGCAUGAAGUGGCUGUACGCGCACACGUACUACACCGAAGACGAGUUCUGGCAGGCCUACAACAACAAGAGCUGGUACGAGGCCCUGCGCGAAAAGUACAACGCCACGACGCUGCCGACCGUGUACAACAAGGUCAAGGUCGACGUCGAGGCCCGCAAGGGCGAGAAGAAGGGCUGGCGCGACGUCGUAAAGUCCAAGCCGCCCAUUGGCGGUCUGUAUGGUAUCUACAAGGCUAUCCAGAGCAAGGAUUACCAUUUGCACCGCCGGGCCGAGUGGAAGUGGAAAGGUGACGAAUAA